CCCCAGAGGUGGCUGCAUUUCACGCCUGAGGACGUGAGCCCUGCACACAUGGCCCGCAAAGCACACAGGGAUAAAAAUGCUACCAAUCCUUGCUCCGUUGGGCCAAUCUCUGGGCUUUACUCCCCUUUGGUUAGGAAAUUCUUUUACGAAGGGCCCUACAUGUAAAAUACCUGGUCACGCAGCCGUUCCCGCGGCCGGACGCCAUCACCCGGCGCAGACGAGCUGUCACCCAGAAAUGCUGCAGGUGAUUCAUUCCCGGCCCCUUUCCCCUCCCAGGCUUGCUGAGUGCUCUGUCCUGGACGGAGAUGGCCUUGGUGCUGGUCCCUGCCUUUUGCCUUCUGAGCGGUGUCUACGCCCAGGAGUGGGGCGUGACACUCACACCAGGGACCCUGGCUGGAUGGGUCGGCUCCUGCGUGACCAUCCCCUGCUCCUUCACCUACCCCACGGGGCGGACGGUCAGUGACGUGAGCUGGACACGGGACAGGGAUCAAACUGUGUAUCACUCGGACAAAGCCCGUGUCCAUGCUGCCUUCAAGGGCCGCGCCCACUAUCUGGGGAACCAGCAGCACAACUGCUCCCUGCGGGUGGCGGGGCUGCGCCCCAGCGAUCAGGGCACCUACCGCUUCCACUUCUGUGCAGCGAGUGAUGACGGGAGUGACAGCUGGACGAGUGAGCCAGGACAGCAGCUCAAUGUCGCUGCUCAUCCGUGCCAGCCCUCCCUGGAGCGCCGAACAGAACCGGGACCCUCCCUCACCUGCUCCGUGAGGACCGCCUGCCCCCAUCCCCCCUCCUGGUACAACCGAGAUGGCGCGCAGCAGAGCCCAGAGCAAACCCUGGCCUGGGCUGGGGCGACCGAGCUGCGAAUAUCCCCAUCCCAGCUGGACCCCGGCGUGGCGCUGAGAUGCCAGGUGGAUGGAUACAGGGAUGAGUGUGACUCUGACCAAUCCCAGCCCCUGGGGACAGCCACCCCCAAGUUGCCCAGGGUCGAGGUUUCGUGGCUGGCAGGGAAGGCAUCGUUAAGGGAAGGUGACAAUUUUACCCUGCGCUGCCAGGCUGCUGCCCGGCGGCCCGUCACCAGGUACAUCUGGUCCCGCGGGGACGUGUGGCUGCCAGAAGCCCGGAAGUACUUACGUGUUGACAAGGCAGCCAUCUCUGAUGGAGGGAGCUACGCGUGCGGGGUCUGGGUCUCUGGCCCUGGCUGGGGGUAUCUGAGCAUCUCUGCGAGGGAAUCGGUCGAAGUUCAGCAUGAGUGA